UGGUGCUGCCUGGCGGCGGAGCGCGGGGCACGCUGGGACGCGUCGCUGGCGGGAGGCAGCGGCCUUUCGGCUGCGCUGGGAAGCCGGGGGCGGCAGAAUGGUCAAGCUGACGGCGGAGCUGAUUGAGCAGGCGGCUCAGUACACCAACGCGGUGCGCGACCGGGAGCUGGACCUCCGGGGGUAUAAAAUUCCCGUCAUUGAAAAUCUAGGUGCUACGUUAGACCAGUUUGACGCUAUUGAUUUUUCUGACAAUGAGAUCAGGAAACUGGAUGGUUUUCCUUUGUUGAGAAGACUAAAAACAUUGUUAGUGAACAACAACAGAAUAUGCCGUAUAGGUGAGGGACUGGAUCAGGCUCUGCCCUGUCUGACAGAACUCAUCCUCACCAAUAAUAGUCUCGUGGAACUGGGUGAUCUGGAUCCUCUGGCAUCUCUCAAAUCGCUGACUUAUCUAAGUAUUCUAAGAAAUCCGGUAACCAAUAAGAAGCAUUAUAGAUUGUAUGUGAUUUAUAAAGUUCCACAAGUCAGAGUACUGGAUUUCCAGAAAGUGAAACUAAAAGAGCGUCAGGAAGCAGAGAAAAUGUUCAAGGGCAAACGGGGUGCACAGCUUGCAAAGGAUAUUGCCAGGAGAAGCAAAACUUUUAAUCCAGGUGCUGGUUUGCCAACUGACAAAAAGAAAGGUGGGCCCUCUCCAGGGGAUGUAGAAGCAAUCAAGAAUGCUAUAGCAAAUGCUUCAACUCUGGCUGAAGUGGAGAGGCUUAAGGGGUUGCUGCAGUCUGGUCAGAUUCCUGGCAGAGAACGCAGAUCGGGGCCCACUGAUGAUGGUGAAGAAGAGAUGGAAGAAGACACGGUCACAAACGGGUCCUGAGCGGUGGGGCAGAUGUAUAGCAAUAGGCCCUCUUGGAACAAGUCCUGCUUUUCGAACAUGGGAUAAUAGCCUUGUUUGUGUUAGCAAAGUGGAAUCUGUCAGCAUUGUUGAAAUACUUAAGACUGCUGCUGAUCAUUUUGUAAUAUAAGUUUUGAAAUCUAAAUGUCAGUUUUCUACAAAUUAUAAAAAUAAACUCCACUCACUGUGCUGCCAA